AUGGCGAAGAUGCACUCAGAUGCUGCUUUUUCCGACUUUUUACGGACGGAGCUGGUGAUGGGUUUGCGCUCCGUGGACAUCUUCUUGCCCAACGCGAUUCAGGCAAAUGCUAUUCCGCUGGCGCUUGCCGGCCGUGAUCUGAUGGUAGUGGCGCAGACUGGUUCUGGCAAGACAUUGACCUUCCUUCUGCCCAUCCUCCAAAAACUGACAGAGCGAGGGGUUCAAGGAUCCGUGAGCAGAUACUUGGCCAGGUUUGCUGACUGA